UUAGUCUUGUGUUCCCCAAUUUAGCUGCGACAUGGAGGACCUCUUACGGGCGCUCGUGGAGGCUAACCUGGGACAACAACAUGCUGCCCAGGUCAUGGCUGAACAGGUCAUCCGGCUCACCGAGGUGGUCCAGGCUCGCGACGCAUCUGCCGUACCGCUCCCGGUUAGCAGGACGAAGGCUAAGGAUGUCCUGACAAAAAUGACUGAAGCCGACGACGUGGAGGCCUACCUCCACACCUUUGAGCAGGUGGCCGAGCGCGAGUUAUGGGAUCCCUGGGAGAUGGCAGACACCCUUGCUCCCUUCCUCACCGGCGAGGCCCAACAAGCAUACCAAGACCUGGGCGCAGCAGAAGCCCGGGACUACCACAGGCUGAAGAGGGAGAUACUAGCCAGAGCCGGUGUAUCCCCCACAUCUGCCGGACAACAGGUCACCACCUGGGCCUACCAACCAGGGGUCAACGCACGCAGCCAGAUGGCGUCACUCCGGAGGCUGGUUACCCGUUGGCUCCAACCCGAACGCCUGUCCGUGGAGCAGAUCCUCGACCGGGUCACCAUGGAUCAGUUCCUUUGGGCAUUACCGUAUGAGGCGAAGAAGCUGGCCGGGCAGCAUUCUCCACAGAGCCCGGAGGACCUGGUGGAGCUGGUGGAGCGAGUCGAAGCCACGCAAGAGAUGCUGAAGGCAGGACCGACCGAGCGCUCCCUCUUCCGUCCCCGGACUGGAGGUGACCGGAAGCCGACCCCACCGGACUUAGCCCAUGCCCGGGCUCCAGGCGACCACGGCGGACAUUCGUGGACACCCCACUUCCCGUUUCAGUCUGGAAGGGGAGGGAAAAUACCCACCCUGCUGCCCACCUCUGGAAAGUCGCCCUCAGAUGUGUCCAUGCCCACCGACCCGGCCCCCACUCCAGUUUGCUUGCCCCAUGGACGGAGUUGCUUGGCUGCGGAGCAAUUCAACGCCCUGUACCAGGCCGCCAGAACUGUCCAGAGGGGGGGCAGAAGAGCCCAAAGGAAGGGAACCGGGUCAUGGCCCCGACGAGCCAAACCCUGGGUCCGUCCAUCAGGCUAA